GCGCGCAAGCCACAACGACAAGUCGUUCACGUUCACGACUCACGACUCACGUUCGCUCCGCGCCGCCAGUCAGCGACGGUCAUCGCCGGUGCUUUCACGGUGUCUCCGCCGUAUGGCCAUGCGUCGCUCCGCCGACCUGGUCACGAUACUCACGAUCGCAGGAGUACACAUCGUCGAUCGCCGAGGACGCCGAGCCGUCAGCCCGGCGCGUGCGGGGACGAACGGCAGACGGCGCGGUUCACCCCGAGCGGAGCAUUGCGGGCGUAACCCGCGUAACAUUCGGCCUGGGAGAGGAUCGUCGUGUCGAGAAACGAUUAGCGAGAAGCGAUCGCUCGAUCGAUGAGGCACGGGAUCACGCGAUAUCGGUUCGCUGCCGUGUCGCUACGGGACGUGUCGUUAUAUUCUCACGAAGAAGUUGAUCGCAGGAUAUAUAUGCGCUUGGGUAUUCCGCCGCUUUCUCGUCGGCUUUACGAAGGGAAGUCCAUCGCGCGUCUAAACUUUACUUACUUGCCACUCGAAAAGAGACUUCGUUCGCUAUUCGGCGAGUGCCAAUAAAAAAUUGCGAAGAAAAAGAAGAAGAAGAAGAAGAAGAAGUUCGCCUGAACAUAGUCAGUGAAAGGAUCAUCCGGGCAAAGUAACUGUAACCCUGCCGACGACUCGCAUCCCCCGAGAAAAGUCGCCGCUGCGCGCGGCACGCAAGCGGGAGGAUCUUGCCUAUCGCUGCGUCGCUUCGGCCGAAGCGAGUCAGUGCUACUCUCGAUUUCCGCGCGAGUACCACCGCUCCCGGUCUCUCGACAUCGAGGACGGAUUACAGCGCGUCGCGGUUCCGAUUUCACGGCGUGUCGGAUUCCGAGUCGCGAGUUCGCGCCGACGAUUCGUCACUCUGAAGAGACAGCGGAUUUUCCGCCGAAUGAGCGAAAACAACAAACGCAGUUCGUGAAAGUGAUCGAAUGGAGUGCCAGGGACAAUCAAAGGAAUCGAGGAUUUUUCGUUCUUCAAGUCUGGCGAUCUGGCGGCGGACGUUGAUGAGAAUCUGUCGAGUGUUGUAAUUAUCUUUUGCGCUCGCGAUACCAGUUUGACAUCUCGAUUUCGCGAGGAAAGACUCGGAACACAGAAACGGAACAGCUGGACGAUGCGACGGCGGAAUCGUUUCCCAUGUCUUUUCUGUGGCUGAACUAGUACAGUUUUGGAACUUGAACAGAGAUAGAUGUAUGUUCGAUAUUUGAUGAAAGCGACAAAGAGAGUUUUAGUGCAGGAAUAAAAAACAGCUCUUGAAUACAAACUUGUUAACGCACUGCUACCGCAUACGAAACCGCGACACCGCGAGGGUUUAACGCAACGCUCUUUGGCAUGGUUACGUAAACGACGGUUGUUGCGCGCUGGACCGACCCGAAGGUGGUUUUCUCCCGGGAGGAAGUGAACAGAAAACGUCGAGCAGCGACGCCAGCGAUAUCCCGUCGUCCUCUCUCCGUGCACGACGGUGGAAAAAAAAAGGGAAAAACAGGAGAACGCCGCAAGACACGUGUCCAUUAUCGGCAAUUGCGCUAAGCCGAUCGCGCGAUCGAGAAAAUCCUGUCCUAUCUCCGAAACGACGACGAUUUCUCCGACGAGUUUCACGAUCGACUGGUUUUGCGGAAGAGAUCGGCGAAAAAAAUCGCAGGAAAUAUUUUCAACGCGACUCCCCCGACUUCAACGGUGACAAACGAUGAGUGAUCUGACACUAUCGAUCGUCUCUCUCAGAGCGAUGUUGUGACUACGACGAGCCGAGUGUCGACGUAACGUCAUCGUGUGAUCAACAGUCGCUAUUUUAUUGCCGAGAGCGUCAAGAUAGCGCGUGGAACGUAGUGACGGUGUAAUCGCAACGAUUCAUCAAUUUCUCAGUAAAGAAUAUAAACAAAGGAAAGACAGGACACUGGUAUAGCCAGACUUAUUUAUAGUUAUAUCAGGAAGUUAAAAAAAAAAUAACAUACAAUUAUUUAGAAUUAUAUCAAGAAAUUAUAAAAGUAAUCUGAGAAUAACAAUAAACUCAAAAUCCUAAAUCAGGUGUCAUAUACUCUCAAGGAGAAGGUGAGAUAAAAUCUACGCUGGUGAAAUAAAUUCCAAAACUCUCCUAAAUACGAGAGGACAAUAUUUGAGGCACCAUCUGGCCUGAAAUUGUUGCAGCCGGAGGGCAUUCAGUGUCGAGACGCGAUCGGAAGGAAGUAACGUAUAGUUCUCUCCACUCUCGAUCGGGACCAUCAUAUAUCUCGCGUAAUGCACGUAAAUUAUGCGUCUCGCGUUUCUUUCUCCGAAGAAACGGAAACUAGAGGCAAGAACGAGCGAGAAGCGCGUUUACAUACCGAGAUAACGCGCCUGUGGCGCUUCCUUCACCUACGAUCUUCUUCCCGCCUCUCGUUACCGCGGUGUCCGCGGUGAGAAACAAAGUGCUUCGUGACUUCGAUACGGAUCUUUGGUGUCAACGUGUCUUGUCUAUUUACGAUCAAACGUGUCUGUAUUUGCGUAACGUUACACGCGUUUCUCGCGUGUGUUAAGUGUGCCAUGCGAGAGGACCCCGUCGCGACUCGCCUUUGAAAUUCGUCCAGUGGGACGCCCGACCGAUCUUUCGUGACUCACGCGAUUCGGGGAAGCUCGCGGAUGCCUAUCUGUGAUUUUCUCGGAAGUUCGAGGAGAACGGCCACGCCAUAAUUAUGCAUUCCGACGAAGAAUGUCGAUGCAACGCGAGAGAGUAUUUUAGACUUACGUCAAGGAAUGAAUGGAGGUCGUGCGAGAUUUGAGAAACGGCGAAAGUCAUCGGCGGUUCAAGGCGAAUUCAAGGGAUUUUUCGAUUAAUUUGUCUGACAUCUCCGCGAUGAAGAAGAGAAUCGAGUGAUAUUUCUCUGAGCGAACGCGCGAAACGUCCGAUACCGUUAUAUUCGAGCUCAUAUGGCUGAGAAUCCAUUUGCUUAGAUCUCGAAAGCAAACCCGUCGAUAAUAAUAUCUCAAAGAGUGUACACGUCAAGUAACUCGCGCGACGGCUCCUUUCUUACUUCACCGCUCGUAAGUAUCUUGAUGAUCGUUACGUCUGACCGGAUCUUUGUUCAAGAUGUUCGACGAAUCGUCUUCUGAAAAAUCGUGAAUCCCCAUAAGAAUCGUUAGACAUCGAGGAGAGUUUAACGUCCGUGGUGUUGCUGUUCGCAGAAACUGAAACACUUCGAUCCACUUUGAGUUGCAGCUACGCAGGAAUUCCUACGUUGCUUCUUUCUGAUCGGCGGCGCAGUAGCCAUGUCAUCGUCGGAUCGACACGACGGAUCAUCACGAGAAAUCGGCGUGGAGCUGGGAGAGAGUCAUCGUCGUCGGCCCGGUAUAUUUAGGGCCACCGAAUAACGCCGGCAACCGAGAGAUCGGUAACCGAAGGAUCGAUACGAGCGAAUCGAUCCACCAGCUCGCAACCUACGGCCUCCUUGCUGGCCUGGCCAGCUACUAUGCGAAUUGAAGCUCUCAGCACCCUCGUCGCGGUGGUUUGGCUGACCGCAGUCCUGUGCCCACGGCUUACUGCCGCCAACAAUCUAACUUUAUCCUCCUCCUCUCGAAGGCCCAGGGAAGAGCCUUUCAGAGGACAUAUUUCUCGCUGGGCAGAACCACUAGAGGAGUCGACGAACAAGCGGAUGACAUAUAGGGAGAUGCAGAUGAUACUGCGUCUAGAAGGCGAAGACGGCCGCCCGGUCGACUGCUGUCCUACGAUAGAGGAAAUGGUGGAACCGUUUGGCGGUCGAACUCGAGAAGACAUGUACGUCGAGCUCUAUCGGGAUGGCGAGAACGUCCAGAGAUUCUUCGAGUACUCCUGCAGGCUAGACGUUGUCGGCAAGCCGUGCAGGUUCGUCGAUCGGAAAUUCAGCAACCGGUCCAUAUGCGUACAAAAGCACUCGUAUACGUACGCUAUCAUCAAGAGUCCUGGAUCGAAGAUUGGAACGGAGGAGCACAGAAGGCACCACCACAGAGAACGCCAUCAUUUUCCCGCGUUUUCCGGUAACACCGUGAGCGGAUCCGAAUGGACGUUGGACUACAUCAGAGUACGAAGUGGGUGCAGCUGCGAGAUCAUGCCGAAGCCGAAGAAGAAGAAAAUUGCGGCGAAGACGAAGAAAACGAAGAGCAAACAGCGUCAACCAAGGGACCAAGAGUCGGAUUUAGAAACGUGAAAGUGUCGAUUCGUGUCCUAAUGACAGUAAUUGUAUUGCGACUGACAAGAAAAUGCGCGUGCGAAUGUGAGAUUAUGUAUAAGAUGUGGGAAUGUGCGUCUGAAGAGUAUUACUAAUCGUCGGAUGCAAUGAAAACGUUACCAACAAUCAUAUCAUCGAUUUUUCUGAUGACAAUUAUUUACGUAAUGAUAAUUUAUUAGACAUUAUGUGGACGUAGAACGCGCCGUUUUGUAAAUGACGCGUUUAAAGUCGGUCAAUCGAUUUA